CUGCCUGAGCGGGUGCGCAGGCGGCUUCCGGUGUGGGUGACGAGUGGUGGCCGAAGCAGGGGGACAUCAAGGGACGCUUAGGCAGUGACCAUGGCGGACGGCGGCUCGGAGCGAGCUGAUGGGCGCAUCGUCAAGAUGGAGGUGGACUACAGCGCCACGGUGGACCAGCGCCUGCCGGAGUGCGAGAAGCUGGCCAAGGAAGGAAGACUUCAAGAAGUCAUUGAAACUCUUCUCUCUUUGGAAAAACAGACCCGUACUGCUUCUGAUAUGGUGUCUACAUCUCGUAUUUUAGUUGCAGUAGUGAAGAUGUGCUACGAGGCUAAAGAAUGGGAUCUACUUAAUGAAAAUAUUAUGCUGUUGUCAAAAAGACGGAGUCAGUUAAAGCAAGCUGUUGCAAAAAUGGUUCAACAAUGCUGUACUUACGUUGAGGAAAUCACAGACCUUCCCAUCAAACUUCGAUUAAUUGAUACUCUACGAAUGGUUACAGAAGGAAAGAUUUAUGUUGAAAUUGAGCGUGCUCGACUGACCAAGACAUUAGCAACUAUCAAAGAGCAAAAUGGUGACGUCAAAGAGGCAGCCUCCAUUUUACAAGAGUUGCAGGUGGAAACCUACGGGUCAAUGGAAAAGAAAGAGCGAGUGGAGUUUAUUUUGGAGCAGAUGAGGCUCUGCCUGGCUGUGAAGGAUUAUAUUCGUACACAAAUCAUCAGCAAGAAAAUCAACACCAAAUUUUUCCAAGAAGAAAAUACAGAGAAAUUAAAGUUGAAAUACUAUAACUUAAUGAUUCAGCUGGAUCAACAUGAGGGCUCCUAUUUGUCUAUUUGUAAGCACUACAGAGCAAUAUAUGAUACUCCGUGUAUACAGGCAGAAAGUGAAAAGUGGCAACAGGCUCUGAAAAGUGUUGUCCUGUAUGUUAUCUUGGCUCCUUUUGAUAAUGAACAGUCAGAUUUGGUUCACCGAAUAAGUGGUGACAAGAAGUUAGAAGAAAUUCCUAAAUAUAAGGAUCUUUUAAAGCUUUUUACCACAAUGGAGCUGAUGCGUUGGUCCACACUCGUUGAAGACUAUGGAAUGGAAUUAAGAAAAGGUUCUCUUGAGAGUCCUGCAACUGAUGUUUUUGGUUAUACAGAAGAAGGUGAAAAAAGGUGGAAAGACUUGAAGAACAGAGUUGUUGAACAUAAUAUUAGAAUAAUGGCCAAGUAUUAUACAAGGAUAACAAUGAAGAGAAUGGCACAACUUCUGGAUCUAUCUGUUGAUGAGUCAGAGGCUUUUCUCUCAAAUUUAGUAGUUAACAAGACCAUCUUUGCUAAAGUAGACAGGUUGGCAGGAAUUAUCAACUUCCAGAGACCCAAGGAUCCAAAUAAUUUAUUAAAUGACUGGUCUCAGAAACUGAACUCAUUGAUGUCUCUAGUUAACAAGACUACACACCUCAUAGCCAAAGAGGAGAUGAUACAUAAUCUACAAUAAAGGUCUUGAUGCCCUUAAUGCUUAUAGAAAAGAGUUAAAAUUGGAAGUCAUUAAAAAAAAAAAAAAAAAAAAAAGACUGUUACGGUGUAUAUGUUGGGGUUGUUUUUUCCCCUAUUCUCAGCUCCUUUGUCUAAAAUUUAAAAGAUAGUGAAUAUGUUCGAGGCAUCUAUCAACCUUUCAACUCCCUGAUUUCAUUGUUAACUUUGCAUUUACAAUUGGUACAAAAACAAUACAUUUCUAUUGUCUGAGUACUCAAAAAAUUAUGUCAUAACUUACCCAGAUGUUUUUCUGUUAUUUGAAACCUUUUUAGCUAUUAUUUGUUUUCAUUCAGCUAACAACCAUAAUUAUAAUAAAAGCAGUAUAUGACGUUUAUUUUCUUUGGUUACCUGUGUUUCUGAACAUUUUACGGGGAUUUUUAAAUAAAUUCUGUUGUAAAUCUAUGAAAUAUUUGUAGAAUUUAAAAAGCAACAUAGAACAUAUACAUUUGGGAUAGAGUUGUGAUUUGUGAAGAAUUUGUAUUUUAGUACAAAUUUUAUGGCAUGAAGUCUUCUAGGCUGAGUACAGUGUAUGGAGCUACUUGGUAGGCUAUCGACUUUGUUUUUUUUUUUUUGGAGUCAAAUUGGUUUCAAUCACAGUAGCUUAUUUUUACUUGUUUUCCUUGACGUGACCAGUUGUUGAACAAAAUCAUGUGACAUCAUGUUGACACAAUUUAACACACAGUCGUUUUAACGAGACUUUGUGGCUUUAACUUACAGGUCUGAUUAUGUUGUUAAUGCUCCAAAUUCAUUAUCUCUUUAUAGGAACUUUAGUUUCUUUAUUUGAACACUGGAUAACAACCUAAAAUGCUUUAAAAAUGACCCCCCAGAAAAUUUCAUGCCACCCUCUUAGCGAAUGGUAUAGUAUUAACAUUUUUUACAGAAUUAAACAGAAGUUUCACUGUCAAAGGAAACAUCUGAGAUCAAUUAAUAGGAGCAAAUUUUGGAAAUUUUUUAAAAAUUUGAUUUAUUUCAGAGAAAAUAGAAAAAUGAAACAGUGUUAGAAGGUUAUUUAAAAUGUUUAGAUGAAAGUAUAAGGUCUACUUUUUUAAAAACAAAUUCAGAAGGGGAAAAACAUUUUGGAAACAUUUUUCAUUAUUCAUUUUCCAUGUAAUGGUCACUAAAUUGUCCUAUUUCAUGAUCCCAUGGCUGGGGACAAUUGUAGGACCUCUACUAUUUAUGUUGAGUCAUUGUGAAUAAUAUAGUAUUAAUCUAAUUUUAUUCUUUAGAAAUUUAAUGUAUUAUUAGUCACAAUAAUAGCAACAUCUGCAAUCACUUAUCUUUAAAAACUAACCAAAAAUAUGGCAAUUUCAGAAACAAAAAGUUCACACUAGCAAUACUAAUAUGGUUUUAAUUUUCUUUUGAAUGAAAAAGAUAGAAAAUAAAAUUAUAUUGCAUUGUUAGUUUGUAAAUCAGAUUGGAGCUAAUUUGAAUCUAGCUUCUCACUAACUUCAUCUUUCUAGGGAUUCAUUCCCUUUGUAUUUGCCAAACCUAGAAUAUUUGGCCAUACAUGUCACUGUGAAGACUUCAAGUGCUCCUCUUUGGUCUUUAUUUAAGAUGCUCACCCUCAACUAGCUCUCUAUUCUGAUUUGGUGCCGCUUACAACCGUGUCCCAGUGUCCCACACAAAUUCAAAUUGAAGUUAUUACCAAUUUCUUGGUGUUACAAAGAAGAAUCCAUCAGCCUAGGGCGGUAAAAUAUUUGAGAUUUUUUUAACCUAAAGUCCUUGCCUUACAUUUCAGACCUAAAGCCGGCAUUUGUGAAAAGGAUAGAAUCACCUUAUUUUAAAUAUGAAGAAAGUAAUAGUUGAUUCAUCAUUUUCGUCAGGUUACUAACCAGAAGGAGAGGUGAUAAGCCUCUUGUUUUUUGGUUUUUUAAAAUGAAACAUUUUUUACCAUUUUUAUUUCAUAUAAUUUAUGUUUUUAGAGUUGAAUAGCUAUCUGUAAUAAUUUUCAGUUUCCAUAUGCUUAUUGAAUCAUUGAAAAACUAAUUUUUAAAAUUCAUACUGCUUCAUUCUCACAAGUGUUAAAUGUAUGAUAAAAGUACCUAUUUUAAAUUGUUUUCCGCUCCUGGAUAUAGCUGCAAUAAAAUCACUAAUUUGUGGGUGUUUAAGAAAACCUGGAGAAUAAACUCGUACUUUAAAAGAUUA